AUGAAUAGUUCGGAAAAUUCUUUAUCAAGCUUUCUUGAAAAGAAAGGCAUUGCUUCGGCAUUCGCUCAAGCAAAUCGCUCUUUAAUAGAACGGAACAAAGUCUUGAACGCUGAAGUGCUCUAUAACAAAGCGGAAGCAGAACGCCUACGCGCAACCAAUGCUGAACUUCGGGCUGCAAUAUCGGUUUUAGAGUCUGGAAUAGAAGAGGAACGGAUAAACAUGAUUAUUGAAAGACGUAUGAGAGAUAAACUGUUAAGGCUUCAAACAGUUACUAGAAGGGCUAUCGGUUACAUGCAAGGGAUUAUCAAGGAAUUUGAUAAUGUUCUUUGUUCUACAACAUUGUUUUUAAUGUUAAUUAAGGUUUGCUCUAACCAGUUAGUUCUAUUUUGGUUCAUGUUGUCAAGUAAUUUCUGUAUGUUUAACCACAUUAUUGCAGUGGAAGAAUCGCCAAGAAUCGUUUUUCCAGUUCAGAGGGAGUCUAUAAGCCCUUUAACAAGUCGAGAAGGUACAACGCCAAAUAACUCGGGAGAUUUCAAGGAAACAGAUGUUGUAAAUGACUCACUUGAAGAAGGGUUGCUUACACAGUCUUGCAGCAAAUCUGUAGAAAAUAGAAGUCAUUUUAUAUCUGGUUCACAGCCGUCAUACGUCCCAUGCAAAGAUGACCUGAAGAAGUUGCUUGAUAGUGAUUUGUUUAAAGUAUCUCCUCGUAGCUCUUACAAUUCAAUUGAUUUUCGGACAGAAGAGACUGAAGAUAAUAAAGAAAAUGAUGAAGAAAAUUCACUACUUUUAUCUCGACGCUAUUUUGAACCAACCCAGAGAAGACGCGAACAGAAGUCUAAAAAUAAUUCGCUUGCGACCUCAGAGCAGUCUGUGGAAAGUGAAGAAUCUUGUUUACGUAAGUUUUCGAUCUUUAGCUUCACAUUUUUUCGUUAGUU